AAAAAUCCGGAAAGCGCGCAUAACCCAAGAGGAAAGCAAAGCACGUCGGUCUUGCACAAUGGCAUUGCACGAUCUACAAUGUUAUUAGUCUAAGGGCCUACGAAUGAAGCAGGAUUAGCUUAAAAAAGUUAUCUUCAGAAAGACAAACCAUUUGACGCAGCCAUGUAUUCAACUAAAGUGUGAGCUGAAAUGUGAAUUCAUUCAGGCUUGUGGAGAUUGGUCAUUGAGGCAGAGUUGGGGGGGGGAUUUUGAUAAUAUCUAUCAUCUAAAUCACUAGUGUGAAAGUUUGUGAAGCUCAACAUUUGGAGUAAUAUUAUACAAGGAUGAUGGAAACAGAGUUCUCAUCGAUGCUGGUGCAACUUUCUGAUGCAAUCAGCAAGAAAGGUGAAAAGUAUGUAGACCUGUUGAGGGUUCUGUACAGAGAUCUUGCAAAUGUUAAAUCAGAUUUGGAGAAAGCUAAGUGUGCAUUUGAUUUAUUUCAAUUGUUAAUAGCACCUGGCAUUUUGAAGCCAACGGACAUUUCAGUUUUGUUUGAAACAAUUGAACUAACUGGAUUGAAAUAUUUGAUAGAGAUAAUCAAGACAUAUGAGACAUAUCCUGAUGAAGUGAAGAUCACUCGGUUUUUACCACAUCGUCAACAGGUUGUUGCUCUGGGAAAAGACUUUUCAGUUAAAGAUCUCCAGAAAGUUAGUCAGUUAUAUGAAGGCAAUUUUUCUAGUCCAUGGAAACUGAUUCAACAUCUUGAAGAUACAUCUGUUUUAACAGAAGACAGCAUGUCAUCAUUUCUUCAACAUUUGAAUGAGAAUAAAGUAAAUGAAGUUUUUAAUCAACUGCUUGUGAGAAUAUCCGAUGCAAUCAGCGUAAAAAGUGAAAAGUAUAUUGACAUGUUGAGGGUUCUGUACAAAGAUCUUGCUGAGUUUAAAGCAGAAUUGGAGGAAGCUAAAUCUGCAUUUGAUUUAUUCCAAAUACUAAGAGUCGCCGACAUUUUGAAAGCAACAGACAUUUCAGUUUUAUUUGAAACGAUUGAAGUAACUGGAUUAAGGUAUUUGAAGGACAUAAUUAAGGCGUAUGACACAUAUCCAGAUGAAGUGAAGAUCACUCGAUUUUCAGCACAUCGUCAACAUCUUGUUGCUCUUGGAAAAGACUUAUCUACCAUAGAUAUUCAAAGGAUUGGUCAGAUGUACGAAGUUCCAGAUGACUUCUGUUUUAAUUCAUGGAAACUGAUCACAUAUCUUGAAAGUAAGGGUAUUGUUUCAGAAAAUAACUUGUCAUCAUUUCUUCAGAAUUUGGAAAGAGAUGACAAUUCAGGACAAUCAGAACAACCAAGAAGCUCAUGGUCAGAUGAAGAUAUAAUAAUUAAAAAUUCCCUGAUGAAAAUGCAGAAAGAACUGUAUCGGGAUGAGAAUCGUAUGACACCAGCAAUCUGGCAUAAAAAUCAUAAAGUAGAUAUUGCACAAGUUUUCACUGAACUCAAGUUGCUGCAAUCUAAAAAAGAAGACAAAGGAAAAGAAGACAAGUCAACAUGUACAAAAAGGGAAGGUAGACCCACAUCAUUAACAGAGGCAUUAGAUGUUAUUAGGUCAACAGAUUCAUGUAAGGUAUUAAUAACAGGGAAGGGAGGAAUGGGUAAGACUAUCCUCCUUAAGUAUAUUGCUCAUCAGUGGGCUACUGAUGGUGAACAUGUCUUUGCUGAUAAAUUACUGUUUCUGAUAAAUAUCAGGGAAAUUAAAGCAAGUAAAACGUUCUUGGACAUAAUAUUGAACAAAAUUGACUGCAAAGCAAUAAUAUUGAAGAAUAAUUUGUCAUCUUAUUCAGUUGAAAGGUUCUUGGUCACACAUGAUGAUAAAAUAGUAUUUUUGUUAGAUGGAUAUGAUGAGUUAGAAAAAAAUUCUAAGGACCCAAUAGAUCUUUUCAAAAAAAGUGAAUUUCAAAAAAGCACGGUGGUGAUAACAUCUCGACCAGACAACACAGCUGAUUUGCUUGAAUACUGUGAUGUACAUAUUGAAGUAAAGGGAUUCAGUCCAAGUAACAUAAAGAAGUAUAUUCAAAAUUAUUUUCAUUCAAUCAGUGAAAUCGAAAUUGGCGAUUCAUUAAUAAAAGAGUUCGGACUUGAUUCAGAGCAACCAUGGUAUAGGAAAGACCUGUAUAAGGGUGGUAAACACAAAGAAGCAUUUGAAUUGUGUUCAUCUCCACUGUUGUUGCUUCAGAUUUGUACCAUAUGGGAACUAAAACGUGUUCUUCCUGAAUAUUUGCCCGAUCUUUUCAAGGACCUCAUUUGUUGUAUUUUAAAUCAAUACUUAAACAGGGCUGGCAAUAAAACUGCUAUUGCCAAUUUUGAAAGAAUUCAAGAUAUAUAUAAAUCUGCCUUUUUAAUUUUAGGAGAAUGUAUGUAUGAAGGACUAAAGAAAAAUAUAUUAUCUAUUGACAGAUACGAUUUGUCAAAUGUGACACAAAAUAAAACAUUAUUAGAUUUAGCACUGGAACUUGGGUUUGUUUAUGAAGAUACCCCUGCUAAUCCAGGGGAUGUAAGAGAGAUGUACACGCCACCACAUAAAUUAAUGUCAGAGGCGCUAGCAGGGUUGUACCUGUCUACAGAAAUUCAGAAAGGGAGUUCAAAGGUUGAGUAUGAGGAAAUCCGAUGUAAUGAAUAUUUAAAUAUGACAAGGGUGUUUGCAAUAGGAUUUUUAGGUGCUGAUGCUGAUAAGUUGCUGAAACCAUGGUUAAUAAUCAGGGCCUCAAAUUAUCGCUCAAUAGUACAAUGUUUAAAACAUGUAAAGAAAGAGCAUGAAGAUGAUAUUUUAGUGAAAUUGGAUAAGCACAUGUCCAACGAUAUGAAAGCACAUAGUGAGCAAAUGUUGGAGUCAUUUAGAAGUCUUAUAAAUGAUGGCAGAGACAUAUCAAGUAUGCAUUUAUUCAAACUCAUGAAAAGAUGUAGCAUUGAAUAUGAUCCUUACAAUCUUGAAACAGCAGCAGUAUCUUUGAUAAAUAGGUGUAGGGAAAGGCAGUGCCAAAUUGUUGUACAUACCUUAGUGUUAUUACAA